AUGUUCGAAAUCCAGUUUACCCCAACAUUUUUGGAGAGCCUCGCACCGAUCGGCACGCGACGCUCCGAUGCCGUCCACAAUCCUCGCUCGGGAUCGGCAACUAAACAGCCGAACAGUGAUGAUCAACAUUACUUUGGGUCACUUCCGUUCGGUGCUGAUUUUGGAUAUGACCACCAAUAUCCUACCAUCGUCUUUUGA